AUGCUCCCCACAACAUCCAUAACCCUCCUCCUUACCCUCUUCCUCACCAUAACAUCCGCCUCUCCGAUAUCCUUUUCCUUCCCCCUCGUCGCCCGGGGUGCCCUGACGGAAACCCAAAUGCUCGCCAUCGCACCGACGUCCAAGAACUGCGACAAUCCCCCCGCAAAAGGCGAAUGCGCAACCGCCAAACAAGCAGUCAAGUUCACCACGCAGUCUUUCGAUAAAUAUGCCGUCACCUCCAAGGCGGAGCAGGCUGCCGUCAUCAGUCUGAUGGCGUUUGAAUCGGAUGAUUUCAAGUAUAACAAGAACCAUUUCCCGGGGGUUCCUGGGCAAGGGACUCGCAACAUGCAGUCGCCAGCGUAUAACAAAAAAUACGCAGCCUCGAUCCCCGCGCUGAAAGACAAGGUUGCCAAGGUUAGCAGUCCGGCUGCUUUGUUGGAUUUGUUGCGUGAGAACGAGACUUAUGAUUUCGGAUCCGGGGCUUGGUUCUUGACUACGCAGUGCUCGAAGGAUGUUCGGGCUAAGUUGCAGAAGGGCGAUGAGGCCGGGUGGCAGAUGUACAUUAGUGAUUGUGUGGGGACUAGUGUUACGGAUGAGAGGAAGGAGUAUUGGGAGAGGGCUGUCAAGGCUCUUGGUGUUUAA